AUAGCGCCCCCUCUCUGACGCACGUCGGCCGCGCGUCUUAGGAAGAGGGGAGCGCCGGCCCGCAGCCAUGACCCAGGCUGAUGCAAAUCCGAAGGCCUACCCUCUCGCCGAUGCCCACCUCACCAAAAAGCUAUUGGACCUCGUCCAGCAGUCCUGUAACUACAAGCAGCUUCGGAAAGGAGCCAACGAGGCCACCAAAACCCUGAGCAGAGGCAUCUCGGAGUUCACUGUGAUGGCGGCGGACGCAGAGCCCCUGGAGAUCAUCUUGCACCUCCCGCUGCUGUGCGAGGACAAGAACGUGCCCUACGUGUUUGUGCGCUCCAAGCAGGCUCUGGGCCGGGCCUGCGGGGUCUCCAGGCCUGUCAUCGCCUGCUCCGGCACCAUCAAAGAGGGCUCCCAGCUGAAGCAGCAGAUCCAGUCCAUUCAGCAGUCCAUUGAAAGGCUCCUAGUCUAACCCACAGCCUCUGCCACCCUCUCUUGCUCCUCCCCUCAGGUUGUGUGUCCUAUCGUCUGUGUGCCAUGUAGGUGUC